CGUAUUCUUCUCUGGAACAGUUUGCGGGAGUCUGACUUGGAUCCAGAAGCUAUGGACCGUCGCAUGGUUGCAAACUUCAAGCUUUGAAGACAAUACCAUAAUAGCCACAACGGCCAAACUGAUUAAUACACCUGCCCGGCGUUAGGUUAUAGUGUAUGCCCACUUGCUCGACGUGGAAAAUGCAGAUGCGCUGUACCUUCUCAAACCUAUCGCCAGAGCUCAUUCAGAAAAUUGCAAGCUGCUUGCAUCCCAACGACGUCGCUGGCGCGCUGAAGUUGGUGAACAGCGAAACCGCAGCUGCCCUGGGACGUUACAACAAGCUUGUGCUUGGCCAAAAGCUGGAAGGUAAUCCCAUUGUUUACACCGGAGAGCCUCAUCGCGCGGAGCUGCCUUGGCCCGGGCACGCCUUCGUGGCGCACUGGGGGCAUCACGGGCCCUGGCGCGCACUGUCCUUGCGCGAGCGCCGCCGCUUGCUAUGCCUCGCCGCUGCAUCAGGACACGCCGCCAGCCUGGGCGCGGCCCUGGAUCACCACGGCGGCGCUCUGACGCCGGAGGUGCUGGUGGCAGCGGCCGCAGCAGGCAGCCUGGCCUGCUGCGGCCGGCUCCUUUGCGAGGGCUGUUCGGUCACUUUCGAAGCAUUCCGGGCGGCGGGGCAAGCGGGCUCUGUGCCCGUGCUGCAGCUGCUGCUACAGCACAUCGUGUACAGCCCGCUCUCGAGGCGCAAGGCGGUGGUGACGGCAGCCCGUGGCGCCUGUGCCGGGGGCCAGGCUGCAGCCCUGACGUGGCUGCAGCAGGCGUGUGGCCACUGCAUUGACGAGCACGACGCCAUCGAGGCGGCGCAGGCGGGACAGGCAGGUCUGCUGGAGCUGAUACUCCCGCUGUUGCCAGAGCACAUGCAGCACUACGGGGAUGCCGAACCUGACCUGCGGCGCAGCCGGCUGCUUGGCGCCAUUGCAGAGGGCUGCACGGUGGAGCAGCUGCGGCGGCACUAUCACCCACACUUGCGGCGCCCGCGCGCUGAGCGGCAGGCAGUGCGAGCCGCCACCACGGAGGCUCCGCUGAUCGCUCCCUCAGCUACAGCAGCUGCUGCAGCUGGUGGUGCCGCAGCCGGGGCCGCUGCUGGCGAGGCCGCUGCUGCCGGCGGUGCGACAGGCGCACCUGCGGCUGUGCCUUCGCCUGCACCCGGCGGCUGCGACAAUGCGCUUGGCGGUGCCGCACUGCGGCGAGCACCCCACGUCGGCGCCAGCGCAGACACUGCGGGCGCUGCUGCUCGGCCCCCGGAGCAAUGGGCGAUGCAGGCAUCGAGGGCAGGAGAUGGGGCGAUUGACCCUUGGGGCGAGGGGGCGUCAGAGGAAGAGGGGGGCGAGGAGCACCGCAGCAGGGGCUCACACACCGACACUGACACUGAUACUGACACCGCGGAAGAAAUACUAGAAAUGAUGUCGCAGCAGUCACGCGAGCUGCUAUCACGGCUCUUUAACGGUGCCGCCGCCAGCCCCACGGACUGUUGGCGGGCCAAGCUGGACUUCUUGCGGAAUGCCUGGGGCCCGCGGCGGACGCGCGCGGCCGUCAUCGCUGAUGACACCGAGUGCGACGUGGUGCGCAGCGCGACCUGCGGCCGCCCAGACUUCCUGCAGCGCCUGCGCUACCUGCACACUGAGCUGGGCGUGGCGCGGGGGCGGACCUGCGCCCAGUUCGCGGCUGUGGGCGCGGCCGCCGACGCGCUGGCGUACGUGUGGGACGAGUGCGGCGUCGACAUGGCACACCUGCGGGUGCAGGCGCCGUCGGCGUUGGAUGAGGACACGCUGGACGACCUGUUCUUUGGGGCCAACCUGGACUACUCGCUCAUGCCCGUGCUCAGGCUGUUGCAUGAGCGGCGCGUCGACCUCCGGGCGCGGGCGGCGCAGCUGCUGGACAAGGCGGCUCCGGAGGCGGCGGCGUGCGGGGACUGGGACACGGCGGACUGGCUGGUGGAGGUGGUGCUGGCGGGUGUGGAGGUGGCGGGUGCGGAGGUGGAGGUGGAGACGGAGGUGGAGACGGAGGUGGUGUUGGCGAGUGCGGAGGCCGAGGUGGAGGCGCGCCCGGAGCGCGAGGCGGCGGCGCGGAGGGCGCGGUGGUCGCGCGUGUUCGCCGCCGCCGCGAAGGCGGGUGCGCGGCUCGCCGUGCUGCAAGGACUAGCGGAGCGCGGCGCGGCGGUGGACCUGGCGGCGGUGGCGCAGGGCGGCGGAGAGGAAGCGCUGGAGUGGGCGGCCGCGCGGCUCGAGGCGGAGGCGGGGGCCGGCGCUCUCGCUCAGGCCGUGUCACCCAGCGUGGCGCGUGCCAUCUUCGCGGACUGCGGCAACGGCGCCACCCUGGCCUGGCUGGCUGCCUGCGGCCUCCUGCCGCCGCCCGACACCUGGCUGCCCAGCCUGCCCGAGCUGUGCGAGGGGCUGCGGGCCGACACCUUCUGGCGCCUGCAGCUGUGGGCGCGGCUGCAGCAGCAGCAGGAGCAGGUGCCGGCGCCGCAGCCACAGCAGGAUCAGCAGCAGCAGGCGCAGCAGCAGCAGGCGCAGCCGCAGCAGGCGCAGCCGCAGCAGGUGCUGGCUCCGCAGUCGCAGAAGGCUGAGCAGCAGCAGCAGCAGCAGGAGCCGACUCCGCAGCAGCAGAUCCAGGUGCAGGCGGCACCGCUCUCGUGCACGCCGCCUCUGCUGGCGGCGUCAGCUUCUUUGGCGCUGGCACCACGGCCGCAGGCUGCCGCUGCACCAUCAGCACAAGCGGCGCCUGGGGCAGGGUCGGCAGCGCCAUCCGGCGAGCUAUGUGGGCCUGAUACUGUGGUCGCCCCAGACUCAUGGAUGGAAGCCGCUCUACAGGAGCUCAUGCGCGUGGCGUGUCACAGCCCCCCCGAGCAGCCGUGGAGCGGGGAGCGGCCGCCCCCACUCGCGGAACGGGUAGAGCAGCACGUGUCGUACACACCACACCAGGUGGCGUGGCUGCAGGCGCCAAGGGCCCCGGGGCUUGCAAGGGCUUGCAAUGGGUUGCUGAGUCGUGUGUGUCACCAGUAUGGUGCUGCAAGUUGAGUGGGGGUUGGAAUGCGAGACGCACGCUGCGGGCGGUUUCAAUGAUGGGACGGUUGGGGCCGGACGUUGGUAUGGCUGAGAUGCAUGCGUACAGCAAUUGUGCGUGACGCAAUUGAGCUGGACGGCGAUGGCUGGUUGUGCGCGUUGGAGUUUGGGAACGGUGGGGCACGAGGGUUAGGGAACGGUGGGGCAAGAGGGUGUUGGGGCUGCGUAUCCCAGAGCUUCAGUGGUUCAAUAGCGGCACAUGGGUUAAACACACGUGUCCAUCCAUGGUUGCGGUAACGGAAUCCACCCCGCAUUGCGCCUUCCCGAAUGUGCCUUAGUUGUGAAUGUACCGAGCGUGUGCUGAGCAGCAAUCAUGCAUGGAUGCUCCCUGACAUGGGCUGUCCUAGUAACUAAGAUGCAAUCUUGGAUACAAUGCGCGGCAGUCCUGAUGAUGGAGUGGGCUAUGGAUAUGCGCGCGUACCGCGUACGGCCGUACAACCAACAUGCGGGAGGUGAUGGUCAGGGGUGGCGAUGGUCGUACUCGUCAUAAUGUAAUAAACGACUUGG